CCUCCUCCUCCUCUUCUUCUUCACCCCUCUGCUCCUCUUCCUCUCUCCAGCCGGGCCACGUCUGAAAGCGCUGAAACCGGAGGAGUGUGCAUCACCAACGCCGUUUCCCUCCUCCCCUCUUCCUCCCGGGAUACACAGCCUGGACCGGCACCGGUGUCACUGGAUGGAGAGAGGCGUCUGAAGAAGGGAGAGCGGUGGAGUUGGUCUACCCCCCUCCUCCUUCUCCUCCUCCUCCUCCUUCUUCCCUACUGCACCAAAAGAAAACUCCGGGCUGGCUGCAGCACCAUGUCCUCGGCUCAGAGUGGGGAUAUAUCAGGCUACCAUCUGAGUGUGGUGCGUAACCCGCCUGGCUGGGAGGUUGGCAUCUACUUGGUGGGCUUCUUAGUGCUGCUCGGCGUGGCAGGGCUCAACAUCUGGAAGCUGUGGAAAUCCGGGACCUUCCCCGCGCCGUCUCCCUUCCCCAACUUUGACUAUCGAUACCUUCAAGAAAAAUAUGGAAACUCCUUUUCAGAAGUCAGACAGAAGCGAGUGGCUGCCAACAACCACAGACGGACCUCGACCACCUCCAGCCGCAAGCCCAGUCUGGCCCUUGGUGACACCCCGGAUGGCUUCAGGGACCUGGGCCACCUGGAGCUGAUGAGCAGGGAGCUGGACCCGACCGGCCUGGCCCAGCUCAACCGCUCCAUCUCCACCGAUUCACUCAGCUCCAUCUCCUCCAUCGCCCACAAUUUCGGCCACGACUUCACCGUUGGGCAGCUGGAGGUGACGCUCGACUUUGAACCGUCCAGGCAGCCGGGCUACGGAGUGGGACUGCUCCACAUCGUCCUGCACCAGGGCAAAGACCUGCUGGAGAGAGAGGAAGGAGACUUUCCAGGCUGCUUUAUUAGAAUCUCCCUUGUGCCAGAGGAGUUGAACGUCGGAGUCACACGGGUCCAGACAAAUGCAUUCACCGUGAUCUUCGACGAGCGCUUUUCAGUCCCCAUGGACAUGUCCUCACUGGACGAGUACAGCCUGCGCUUCGCUGCUUUUGGCAUCGAUACCGACGAGCGAAACAUCAGUGCAGGGGUAGCAGAGCUGAAGCUGUCAGACCUGGACCUGACCAUCAGACCAUUCAACGCUUGGCUCUACCUUCAAGAUGUCAAUAAGGCUGUCGAUGCAGUGGGAGAGAUCCUCUUGUCGCUCAGUUAUUUGCCAACAGCAGAGCGCCUCACUGUGGUCGUGGCCAAGUGCAAGAAUCUAGUGUGGACCAAUGGCAAGAACACUGCAGAUCCAUUUGUCAAAGUGUAUCUCCUGCAAGACGGCAGGAAGAUCAGCAAGAAGAAAACGUCCACCAAGAGGGACGACACAAACCCCAUUUUCAACGAAGCCAUGAUCUUCUCUGUGCCGUCCACUGUCCUGCAGGAACUGUCCCUGAGGGUGACAGUAGCAGAGGCCACAGAUGACGGUAGGGGCGAGAACCUGGGUCACGUGAUCAUCGGCCCUGAGGCCAGCGGGAUGGGCAUUACCCACUGGAACCAGAUGUUGGCCACUCUGAGGAAGCCCGUGUCCAUGUGGCACCCGCUGCGCAGGAUCUAGUCCAGUCAGGCCUCGAACACGUCACGUGUGUCUCAAGUAAAACUUUCUCUCCUUCGCGUUCCUAUCAGCUGUCCCCUAACGCGGCGUCAUGCUCAAGUCUAUCAUAUUGUUUUCCUUUGACAGGAGUUUAUACUGCUCUUUACAGGAGGACACAGUGUGUGUGGUCUAUAAUCUGGUGUCUUUUUUGAGUAACAAAAAAAGAGACGUGUUAUAUUGAUGUGAAGGGGGAGGAAAAAGUGUUUGACCCCAAUCUGGCAUGUAUCUGGAUCUGUUAUACAUUUAAAUCCUGCCUUUUAUUUGGCUUCAUUCUGGCUCAGAUUCACUAAGGCUGACGCUGGUACUGUAGGAGAAACUACCUGAAAGACAGAAAGAAGAUAAUGCAAUGUACAACUUAUAUAGUAGUAUGUAGUCAUCCUUUUAUAUUGAGAUUUGGACUGAUAACAAAUUCUUUCUCAAAAGGCUUGAUCAAACAUGAUAGUUUGGACAUUGAAGUUAGGUUUCAUAAAUAAAAGAUAAGCACCCCCCCUUUCUGCAUGGUGCCUACUCUGGUCAUUUAUAGCUGUGUAGAGAAUGAAAGACUGGAUGGAGGGAUGAGAUUGCUGCCCUUUUCAAACGGUCACUUGAUUGCGUCAAGUUAAGUAAGCUCUAUUGGCUGCGUCAUUUGUUAACAGUGAGACUGACAAAUAGUAGUGGUUUUGUUCAGUAUUUAUUGUGCUUUUGGAAAAAAAAAAUCCAGGUUCUCUUAUCCAGGUGAAAUAAUUGUAAUUUGUAGCAGUUGUUACAGGGUGGCCAAAUUGGAAUUAAUCAGCAUAUUAAUGUCAUGUUUCUGUUCUAUUUUUUUUUACCAUAAUUGAUGCAAUACUAUUUGCAUAUGCAUAUUUAACAGUGUAAAUAGUGUAAUUCAACGACAGUCUGCUCAUUGACAUUUUUUUCCUCUGAAUUCUUGGUGCAAAUCACAUUUUUCAUAGUAUGACACUUUAAUAAUAAACUCCAAGUUCAUUUACUUGACACUCUAUUUAAUGCCAAUAGCAUUGCUGAUCACUGAAUUAUUAUAAAAACACCUCUGGGAAUUUAACUUGUGAUGUAAAGUAUACUAACCCCUUUGGAAGGGUUUAAACUUUGCUUUUAUGUCAGAGAAAACACCUUAAUAUUCUUUUUCAAAAGGCCCUUGUCACACUUAAAUGUCCUCUUAGCAGUGAGCGGAUUCUUGGUUGUUCGUGUGUGAAAUUAAGAUAAUGUGACAAGAGUCUUGCAGAAUUCAGAAUGUCAUGGUGAAUUUUUAUGUCUUAGAUAUUCUUUAAAACAUUGUGCAAUAGUGCUGUUUUGUUGUGACUUUUGAAUGUGGAUUAUUACGUGAAAUAUCGCUAUCUCUAAACGCAUCAUCAGCCUCACGCAUCGUCGUUGUUGUUGUUCUUCUUUUCAGCAGAGCCUGCUCUACAUACUUGGGUCAUGUUGGGACCACGUUCUUCACCUCACUUUGAAAAUCAGUCCAAAAAUAACACACCCGUAGUCAUAUAACAGACCAUUUUUCCUACUGUGCCAAAUAAUGAAGCAAUAUUUUCAUUUACAAUCAGCAUUUGCAUUCAAAGUCAACAAAGCUGUAGCCUACAUUCAACCAUGCAUGAAGUUAUUUAGCACUCGAUGUGAAUGUGCCUCAAGAAUACAUUGUAUUGUGUGAAUGCUGUUUGAAAUAAAAGCAAUUCAACAGUAA